GUCAAUCCUUGCGGGUGCUUUUAUUGGAUGUGCCGCUGUCAAGCAGUGCCGAAGAAAUGGAAGGGCAAACGCCAGAAAAGCAGGGAAGAAACAGGCAAAAACCCCACAUAAUGUAGCUGGACUCUGCCUUAUCUCCGCUCCCUCCACCUCCGACCAGCCUCGUCUCAGAUUUCUCACCCGAAACUUGUCUGCACGGAGCGCUCCUGUCAUUUUUUUUCUCCAUUUUCCCUCUCACUUUCAAGCGACUGCAUUCUCCAGAGGCUGAGAAGCUCCGCAGACCUCCGGCGUGACAGCCGUAACAUCACAGUUCUGCUGCUGAAGGAAGGACUAGCCUGCUAACGCUGUUGGACGAGGCGGAUCAUCCUGGACCGGGUAGCGGAUGUGUCUGAAUGGAGAACAGCAAUCCUCCGAGACGCAGCUCCCUCUUCGUCAACUGCUAAUUCGGGGCUGAUCAAUGGAGGAUUUUUGCCGGUGUGAGAGGCGCUGUGUUCCGCCUGGGAUGUUUGACGAGGGCCAGAGAAGGAGCAGUCUGCAGUGAGAAUAUUUCAGCCUGUUGAAGAUGAGCCGAGCAGGACAGGAGCAAAGUGUCGUGAGAACCGCUUUUGUGGCCCGUGUCUUCACCCCAAGUGGGUAAUCGCGCUCAGAGAAAGCAUCGUUUCCCUCAACUGGAUGAUCCUCAUGGGCGGGGAAGGACGAGCACUGACGAUAGACUGGCCAUGAGGAAUGGGAUACAUGUGUUGCUGUGACUGAGGGUUGCUACACGGCGUCUCCUCCAGGCCUGCUGGAUAAGUGAAGUUGAGCAAAAAAACACGGUGAUGUGGUACGAAGACAAGAAGUGCAGCGGCAAUGUAGAACCGUCCAAGUUUACGGGAUAAAACGGCUGCCUUGGUGAACCAUCUUCAAUUAAGUGAAAUCAGGGGGAGGAAACCAGCUUCCUGGUCUUGGGGGUGGGGCAUAGAAAUAUAGACUACAUUAUUCAUGCCUUAUUGUAGAGGAGAUUCGGCUUUGCUGUGGCCUAGAUGACACAGAUGUAUUUAUAAGAGGAACUCUGAAAGUGAGGGUGGACCUUUUGGAGUCAAAAAGUGACACUCCACUGGCCCUCAAAGUCAAGCACUUGUGCGAAAAGAGAGAAACAAAAACAGGCUCAAGUGGGUUGAAGCAUGGGCUGUGCUUCAAGUAUUCAUAUCUCUGAUAGGGUGGUCUACCACAGUGGAAAAGAGUCUGAGGAUUCCCACUCACCCCAGCAGACUAACGCCACUCAGGAUCAAGGAAAUCCUGUCUCCGGACUGCCCCUGAAACCUCUGAGCUGCAAGACAACGGUGAAGGAGGUGCAAUUUGGACCAAUGAAGUUAUUUAAAGACCCACUUCAGGUACUUUUAGUUUUUGCCAAAGAGGAUAGUCAGAGUAAUGGCUUCUGCUGGGCGUGUGAGAAGGCCAACUUCAGGUGCAGCAUGGCCCGGACCCCAGAGUUGGCCCUCGAAUCCUUUGUGGAGAAGCAUCAUGACCUCGUCAUCAUUGACCACAGACAUUCCAGACACUUUGACGCUGAAGCACUAUGCCGGUCAAUUAGAGCGGUCAACUCUUCAGAAAACACUGUGAUAGUCGCUGUUGUGAAGAGGCCAGACAGAGAAGAAGCCUCUGUGAUGCCCCUGAUCAAUGCCGGCUUUAAUAGGAGAUACGUGGAGAAUGCCAAUAUGAUGGCCUGCUAUAAUGAGCUGCUACAGCUGGAGCAUGGAGAGGUGCAAGCGCAGUUCAAACUGAGGGCUGGGAAUGCUAUUUUCACAGCACUAGAACAAAGCCAUGAGGCCAUCGAGAUCACCUCUGAAGAUCAAGUAAUCCAGUAUGUGAACCCUGCCUAUGAGUCCAUUAUGGGCUACCAACAAGGAGAGCUUGUGGGAAAAGAAAUCAUAGAAGUGCCUAAAAGUGAAAAGAAUAAGCCUGAUCUUCUUGAAACGAUAAACUCCUGCAUACGUAAAGGAAAGGAGUGGCAGGGGAUUUAUUAUGCCAAAAAGAAGAAUGGAGAUAACAUUCUGCAAAAUGUGAAAAUCACACCUGUAACUGGACAGGGGGGAAAAAUUAGACACUAUGUGUCUAUCAACAGGCCUUUAAACGACAAUAAUAAGAGUGAUAAGUCGAAUGAACGUGUGCAGGCCGAGUCUCAAACAGACAUCCAGUCUAAUAAGCACAAAGACCGGCGGAAAGGCUCUCUGGACGUCAGAUCCACUACAUCUCGAGGGAGCGACGGGAGUUCGCAGCGAAGACAUUCCUCGAUGGCCCGAAUCCACUCCAUGACAAUUGAAGCCCCCAUCACCAAGGUGAUCAACAUCAUUAACGCAGCGCAGGAGAGCAGUCCUAUGCCGGUGGCGGAGGCCUUGGAUCGGGUGUUGGAGAUCUUGAGAACCACUGAGCUUUACUCCCCUCAGCUGGGCACCAAGGAUGAAGACCCUCAUACGAAUGACCUUGUUGGUGGACUGAUGACGGAUGGCUUACGCAGAUUGUCAGGGAACGAAUACAUCUUUUCUACAAAACAACCACAUCACAUCCCCAGUCACUUGACGACUCCCCUGUCGUUGAAUGACAUCCCGCCUCGUAUCGCUCAGACCAUGGAGAAUGAGGACUCAUGGGACUUUGACAUCUUCAACUUAGAGGCUGCAACCAUGAAACGACCUUUAACCUUUCUGGGCCUGAAGAUCUUUUCUCGAUUUGGCGUGUGUGAGUUCCUCAAUUGUCCAGAGGCGACGCUGAGGUCAUGGCUGCAGGUGAUCGAAGCCAACUAUCACUCCAGCAACUCGUACCACAACUCUUCACAUGCAGCUGAUGUCCUGCAUGCCACGGCGUACUUCCUGUGCAAGGAGAGGGUCAAGCAAAGUUUAGACCCCAUUGAUGAGGUCGCUGCCCUGAUUGCUGCUACAGUGCACGACGUGGACCACCCGGGUCGAACCAACAGCUUCCUGUGCAACGCGGGGAGUGAGCUGGCAAUCCUCUACAAUGACACAGCAGUGCUGGAGAGCCACCACGCUGCCCUGGCUUUCCAGAUCACCACCAGGGAUGACAAGUGUAACAUCUUCAAGAACAUUGAAAGGACUGAAUAUCGAACACUGCGGCAGGCCAUCAUCGACAUGGUGCUAGCUACGGAGAUGACCAAACACUUUGAGCACGUCAACAAAUUUGUCAACAGCAUAAAUAAACCGCUGGCUGCUCUGGAGGAGAAUGGGGGAAAUGUGGAUGAGGAGUCGGUCAAAAGUGUUCUCACCUCGCCUGAAAAUCGCAUCCUGGUCAAGCGGAUGCUGAUCAAGUGUGCAGACAUCUCCAACCCGUGCAGGCCACUGGAGCUCUGCAUAGAGUGGGCCGGCCGCAUCUCGGAGGAGUAUUUUGCUCAGACUGACGAGGAGAAGAGACAAGGUCUACCGGUGGUCAUGCCUGUGUUUGACAGGAACACGUGUAGCAUCCCAAAGUCCCAGAUUUCUUUCAUCGACUACUUCAUCACAGACAUGUUUGAUGCAUGGGACGCCUUUGCAGACCUCCCAAAUCUUAUGCAGCACUUAGACAAUAACUUCAAAUACUGGAAAGGCCUGGAUGAAAGAAAGCUACACAGCCUGCGACCGCCUCCUGAGUAGACGACCGUCCUCUCCUUCUUCUCCAGUCCGCUGAGCAUCCGCAUGUCCGUCUACACAGCAGUUGGCUCUCUGACAGGCAGCCGCAGCAGCAGCAGUGACAUUUCUGGCUCUACAGUCCUGCCGUCAGAGAGUUGUGAGAAGCCAAUAAAGACGUGCAGCAGCUCUGGGAACUCGACAUGCCUCACAGGCCUUGUGGUGGUCACAUGACUGAGAGAGGGUCUUUUCAGUCCCCUGCCUGACUGUCCCGUCCGCCUGUGAGGAGGAUGUUGCUGUUUGAGUGGAAACUGUUUACUGAAGGAGUGAGCGACACUGGCCAGGAAAUCUGUAUGUGAAGGUGUUGAAUCCACCCGAUCAUGUUCCACCUUCACCCACGGCAAGUGUGCUUGGUUUUGUCACUGAUCAGAAAAAGAACACUCCACUGAUUUCUUUCAAUGUUGCUAUUCAUUUUUUUUCUUCUUCAGAAAACAUCUCCCAAAUUUAAUCGGAGAUGCUUCUCUUUUUGCAUCCAGAGGUUGUUCCAUGUCACAGGUCACUGUUAAAAUAGAAAAAAAACACCACCAGUGUCAAAUGAUAUCAAUUCCCUUAGUUUUUGUCUUUAAAUUGUGAGGAUGAGGUUCCUGGUGAAUAUAACACUACUUCAAUGAGUGAGAAAAAGCCAAAGUUGAUUGAUGAAAACCUAAUUAUUAUUCAUCAGACUCAUUACCAUCAUGAAGUACAUAUUGAAUGAUCACUUUUGUAUUGCACUGUAAACAAUAUUACAAAUGUUGAGAUCUCAGUGAUCUGUCCAGGGAUGGCGUGUGGCAUCAGUGAAUAAGCUGAACUUGUCGGUGGGUCUGCGUGUGGGUGUGUGUGAGCGCACGUGUGUGUGAGUGUAUGUGUCUUCAUUGUUGCGACUAUUUCUUUCUCUUGGUUUAAAGCUGUAAACCGCUUGACAGUCGACAAAAGCAGAAAUGUGAGAAGAGAAAAAGAACAUUUUGGACUUUUUUUCUCCCAGAAAUUUUUGUAUCUGGUUUAUCCUACUGAAAAAGACUGCCUUAUUUUAUACAAUAUUUAUAUAGUACACUGUGCAACUGCAACAUCUGGAGUUUUUACUAUAAUGUAGUCUGAAGGUUAUGCUCAAGUAAAUCACCAUAUUUUUAUAGACGAUGAAUUUUACACUGGAUUUGCAGCAAACUAGAUCAAUGGUUAUAGCUAUCUGGGUACCUGUGAAUUGGAUGGAAACACAAGAGUUUGUAUAUCAAAAACCUAAAUGGUGAAGAAGGAUGCGGAUCGCAGCGUUGUCUAUCACUGUCCUGAAGCAAUCUCCCUCUGGCUGCUAUCUAUUGAUCAUCGAUCGAUCUAUUUUGGUUCAUCACGCUAAUGCAGGAAACACCUCUGUGUUCAAGGUUGUUUUCGGGAUAGAAUACUAAUAUAUCUAAGAGAUUAUGGCUUAUUGAGAAUACGUUCCUCUUCAAACAGCAUAUGAACGCCACACGUGAUGGUUAAUGUGGGGAAUCGACCACACUGACUUGUUUUUCUCUGACGGAUUUGUACGCUCAAGCAGGGGACUCGUUUUUCCUUCUGAUCCCCGUCAUGGUCUGAAGGCACGGAAUAAGAAUUAGAAACUAUUCAAUGGAAAUAAAAAAUAUUUAUGUUA